CUUCCUCAAACCAAAUCCAAAUCUAUUUCCCUCUCUCUGAACCAAACCAGAAAAACCAUUCCCAAAUCUCAAACCCUAACCCUAGAAAACCCUAUGUACCAUUGACACAACCACCACAAUUCCAGACCACCACCACCACCACCACCAUUCUCAUUCCUCGCCGCGAGUGGUGGUAAAAACCCCUCAAUUACCAAGAAUCUCCAUGUUCUCCUCCCCCUACCUCCUCACUUUCUCCCUCCUCCUCUCUCUCCCCAUCCUCUUCUUCCUCGCCCCUCGCAUCCUCCCUCCUCACCCUCACUCCCUCCCCAUUCCCCCCUCCGAUGAACUCGACGACGUUAACCUCUUCAACCGCGCCACCUCCUCCUCCUCCCACCCUUCCUCUUCCUCCACCACCAACCCUUCCAAAUUCUUCCAUCUCUCUUCCAAGAAGAAACCCACCCUCAAAAUCGCCUUCCUCUUCCUCACCAACACCGAUCUCCAUUUCUUCCCCUUAUGGGAGCUUUUCUUCAAGGAUCAACCCACCAAUCUCUUCAAUAUCUACGUCCAUGCCGACCCUUCAUCCAACGUCACGCGCCCUGAAAACCCCCUUUUCAAAUUCAUCCCUUCAAAACGAACCUACCGUGCCUCACCCACUCUCAUCUCCGCCACGCGCCGCCUACUCGCCACCGCGAUCCUCGACGACCCGGCGAACACCUACUUCGCUGUUCUCUCACAAUACUGCAUCCCUCUGCACUCGUUUUCCUACAUCUACCAUUCUCUCUUCGUCUCACCCACCUUCGAUUUGACCGAUCCGGAGUCGACCCACUUCGGGGUUCGCCUCAGGUAUAAGAGCUUCGUUGAGAUCAUCUCCAAUGGGCCGGAGCUAUGGAAGCGUUACGUUGCCAGGGGUCGCUAUGCGAUGAUGCCGGAGGUGCCAUUCAACAGGUUCCGCGUUGGAUCGCAAUUCUUCACGCUCACGAGGAAGCAUGCUUUGGUUGUUGUGAAGGAUAGGACGCUGUGGAGGAAAUUCAAGGUGCCAUGUUACCGUGAUGAUGAGUGUUACCCUGAGGAGCAUUAUUUUCCCACGUUGUUGUCAAUGGCGGAUCCUGAUGGAUGCACCAAGUACACGCUUACUAGUGUCAAUUGGACCGGGACUGUCAAUGGCCACCCUCAUACCUAUCGACCGGCCGAGGUGAAGCCGGAGUUGAUACAAGAGUUGCGGCCGUCGAAACACUCGGAGUCUUAUUUGUUUGCUAGGAAAUUCACCCCAGAUUGCUUGGAGCCCUUGAUGAACAUUGCUAAAUCUGUCAUUUUCAAGGAUUGAACAAAAAGUAUCAAAUUGGCGGAAAAUGUCAGCAAAGAGAUUAAUGGCAAGUUGAUGCUUGCUGUUGCUGUGGGGUAUAUAGUUUGAAGAGAUUUGAACAGCUCACACUCUAUAUAACCUGGAACUCUCAGAUAGAGAGGCUCCAUAUUUACACGAAUGAGGAACCGAAAUAGAAAACAGAGAAAUAGAUAGACACCUGCAUGAGUGGAAAAAGAAAGACAGGUGCGUUAGUCAAGUGUAUUAUUUCAUUUGGUGCAAGUUCUCAAGUAAUUUGCCUUAGAAGAUUGUGUAGGUAGUUUUGUCUUUUGUGAGAUGUUUUUUUGUGUGUACAUAUACGAGUCUUGUAACAACAUUAGUAAAGAGCUCUACAAUGUUUACCACUUUGGGAUAAAACAUGAGCUGUUGCCUAAACAUGAGGCAACAGUGACUGUAAUAUUAAAAAAAGAUCUGGUCACAUUUGGCCAAUUCAAUUUCUUCUCCAUUCGGCUAUUGGAUAUCCUUUUGCAAAUUCUUAUUCUGUUUCCUGA